AUGGAUGACUUACUCCCAAAGCUUCUCGCCUUCCCCCCGCAUCCGCCGCCUCAAACCCCGCUCUCUGAUUUCCAAUACGAUGAAGGCAUCAGGAACCAGAUUAGUACCGUCGGAAAGAUCCCAGAAAAGAACCUAUUGCCGCAAACGUCUGGCGGUGAGAAUGCUUUGGAUGUAAUCAACCCAGCCAUAAAUACCGUCCCGUACAUAUACAUCCUACUCGCGCAUAUCAACGCAGCACAAAAGGGAAACAAAGGCGUAAACUGGGAUACACUCUGGGCCAAAAUUGCGAACUUUCUGGAGACGUUCGAUGGCAGGCAGAUCAGAUAUCUUGGCAAGGAAUUUACCCAAAUUAUUGAAACCGCAGUAACACUUGCACGUUCGAAUAAUCAGUCUAUCCUUGCUAUAGGACCCAUCCGAACUGCUCUCCUCCGAUUAGAUCCAUCUGGCUCAAUACUGACCUCUACACACCUGCACCUAGUGGAGCUGGCCCUGGAGGCCCGAGAUUAUGAGACAGUUCUUCCUGUUAUUGACAAAUUUAUCUACCAUUUUCCAGGAGCGACAAACCAGCCAAGGCCAAAAUUCCUUUGCGAACUUGGUCUCUCACCUACCGCCUACAUAACACCCGAGUCUAAGCUCACUGCGAAACUGAAUCACCAGGAUGUCUUGGAGUAUUUCAUGUACAGUGGGAUGGUCUAUAUUGGACUCAGGAAAUGGGAAAGCGCCCUAGAGUGCCUGGAAAAUGCAAUCACCUAUCCCGCUAAAGACGUUAGCAAGAUUAUGGUCGAAGCUUACAAAAAAUGGAUACUUGUCGGUCUCCUAUUAGAAGGCAAACCUCUCAAUCUUCCAAAAUCAACAAGCAGUUCUGUAGCAAAGAGCUACCAUGUCGUCGCCAAACCAUACGAGACUGUGGCUCAAAUAUUCGAGACGGGUACAGCAUCAAGACUCAAGGCAGAAGUUGAAGCCGGUCAAAAGAUCUGGCAAGGUGAUUGCAAUAUGGGACUGAUGCUCAGUGUCCUUUCUGCAUAUCAAAAGUUCCAGAUCCGUAACCUCGCCGAUAUCUACAGCAAGAUAUCGAUUCCCGAGGUCAACAAUCUCACCAUGAGUGCUGAAACGGGCGGCAAAUUACAAUCACCCGCGCUCGCAGAGCAGUUGGUGCAAAGCAUGAUUUCGGAAGGCUCGUUGAAUGCCACUUUAAGUCAUCCUCCUAACGGGCCUGCUAUCCUCACGUUUGGGCUCGGUGCUCCUAUCAUGACAGAAGAUCAGAUGCAAAAAGAGUUACAGGCUUCGAAGCAGCGCAUCCAGUUCCUAACACAAGAGAUCAAGACGACGGAUCGCCUGCUGACCUACGACAAGGAGUAUGUCAAAUACAUGCAGAAGCUGAAGAAGAAUGCCAAGAACGGCGUCACAGACCAAGGUAUCUCGGGCCCGGACAUGGACUGGAAUCCUAUUGAGGACGAGGAUAUCAUGGCGGGGGUGUUUUGA